GGGCCCUGGCGCAACGAGAGCGCCGUGAGCGUGGAGACGCUGCUCGACGUGCUGGUCUGCCUCUACACCGAGUGCAGCCACUCGGCCCUGCGCCGCGACAAGUACGUGGCCGAGUUCCUCGAGUGGGCUAAGCCGUUUACCCAACUGGUGAAGGACAUGCAGCUCCAUCGAGAAGACUUUGAAAUCAUUAAAGUAAUUGGAAGAGGUGCUUUUGGUGAGGUUGCCGUCGUCAAAAUGAAGAACACGGAACGGAUUUAUGCGAUGAAAAUCCUCAACAAGUGGGAGAUGCUGAAGAGAGCAGAGACUGCUUGUUUCCGGGAGGAGCGCGACGUGCUGGUGAACGGCGACUACCAGUGGAUCACCACCCUGCACUACGCCUUCCAGGACGAGAGCCACCUGUACUUGGUCAUGGAUUACUAUGUGGGUGGCGACUUACUGACCCUGCUGAGCAAAUUCGAAGACAAGCUUCCCGAAGACAUGGCGCGGUUCUACAUCGGCGAGAUGGUGUUGGCCAUCGACUCCAUCCAUCAGCUUCACUACGUGCACAGAGAUAUUAAGCCCGACAACGUCCUUCUGGACGUGAAUGGUCACAUCCGGCUGGCCGACUUCGGAUCAUGCUUGAAGAUGAAUGAUGAUGGAACUGUCCAGUCCUCAGUGGCCGUGGGCACCCCCGACUACAUCUCCCCGGAGAUCCUGCAGGCGAUGGAGGACGGCAUGGGCAAGUACGGGCCUGAGUGUGACUGGUGGUCCCUGGGCGUCUGCAUGUACGAGAUGCUGUACGGGGAGACCCCGUUCUACGCCGAGUCGCUCGUGGAGACCUACGGAAAGAUCAUGAACCAUGAGGAGCGGUUCCAGUUCCCUUCCCACGUCACAGACGUGUCUGAAGAAGCGAAGGACCUCAUCCAGAGGUUGAUCUGCAGCCGAGACCGCCGCCUGGGCCAGAAUGGGGUAGAGGAUUUCAAAAAGCACGCGUUUUUUGAAGGUCUCAAUUGGGAGAACAUACGAAAUCUAGAAGCACCGUACAUCCCUGACGUGAGCAGUCCUUCCGACACGUCCAACUUCGACGUGGACGACGACGUGCUAAGAAAUGCUGAGAUACUGCCUCCUGGCUCCCACACGGGCUUUUCCGGAUUGCACUUGCCGUUCAUCGGUUUUACAUUCACAACUGAAAGCUGCUUCUCUGACCGAGGCUCUCUGAAGAGCGUAAUGCAGUCGAGUACGUUAAGCAAAGACGAAGACGUGCAGCGGGACUUGGAGAACAGCCUGCAGGUCGAGGCCUACGAGAGGAGGAUACGGAGGCUGGAGCAAGAGAAGCUGGAGCUGAGCAGGAAGCUGCAAGAGUCCACCCAGACUGUGCAGUCCCUCCAUAGCUCCACGCGGGCCUUGGGCGGUUCAAACCGGGACAAGGAGGUCAAAAAGCUGAACGAAGAGAUAGAGCGUUUGAAGAAUAAGCUGGCAGAUUCAAGCAGGCUCGAGCGACAGCUGGAGGACUCGGUGACACUGCGGCACGAGCAGGAGGACUCCACGCAUCGGCUGAAGGGGCUGGAGCAGCAGUACCGCCUGGCACGGCAGGAGAAGGAGGACCUCCACAGGCAAUUGGUUGAAGCAUCAGAGAGGUUGAAAUCCCAGGCCAGAGAACUGAAAGACGCCCACCAGCAGAGAAAGCUGGCCCUGCAAGAGUUCUCAGAGCUCAACGAGCGCAUGGCCGAGCUCCGCUCCCAGAAGCAGAAGGUGUCCCGACAGCUCCGGGACAAGGCAGAGGAGAUGGAGGUGGCCAUGCAGAAGAUCGACUCGAUGCGGCAAGAUGCUCGCAGAUCCGAGAAGCUCAGGAAAGAGCUGGAAGCUCAGCUGGAGGGCGCGGUGGCCGAGGCCUCCAAGGAGCGCAAGCUUCGCGAGCACAGCGAGAACUUCUGCAAGCAGAUGGAGAGCGAGCUCGAGGCCCUCAAGAUGAAGCAAGGAGGCCGGGGGCCGGGGGCCACUCUAGAACAGCAGCAAGAGAUCUCCAAAAUAAAAUCAGAGCUUGAGAAGAAAGUUUUGUUUUAUGAAGAGGAACUGGUUAGACGUGAGGCCUCCCAUGUGCUCGAAGUGAAAAACGUGAAAAAGGAGGUGCACGAUUCCGAAAGCCACCAGCUGGCUCUGCAGAAGGAGGUCCUGAUGCUGACAGACAAGCUGGAGAAGUCUAAGCGAGAGCGGCACAGUGAGAUGGAGGAGGCUGUGGCCGCCGUAAAGGACAAGUACGAGCGGGAGAGGGCACUGCUCUCCGACGAGAACAGGAAGCUGACUGCAGACAACGAGAAGCUUUGCUCCUUUGUGGACACACUCACAGCGCAGAACAGACAGCUGGAACACGAGCUGCAAGAUCUGGCCGCCAGGAAGGAGUCGGUUGCCCACUGGGAGGCCCAGAUCGCGGAGAUCAUCCAGUGGGUCAGCGACGAGAAAGAUGCCCGGGGCUACCUCCAGGCUCUGGCUUCCAAGAUGACCGAAGAGCUCGAGGCCCUGAGGAGCUCUAGUCUGGGGUCCAGGACGCUGGACCCGCUGUGGAAGGUGCGCCGGAGCCAGAAGCUAGACAUGUCUGCACGGCUAGAGCUGCAGUCCGCCCUGGAGGCCGAGAUCCGGGCCAAGCAGCUCGUGCAGGAGGAGCUGAGGAAGGUCAAAGACACGAACCUCGCCUUCGAAAGUAAACUAAAGGAUUCCGAGGCCAAAAACAGAGAAUUAUUAGAAGAAAUGGAAAUUUUGAAGAAAAAGAUGGAAGAAAAAUUUAGAACAGAUACUGGGCUCCGACUUCCAGACUUCCAGGAUUCUGUUUUUGAGUAUUUCAACACCGCACCUCUUGCACACGAUCUGACGUUUAGAACGAGCUCAGCGAGUGAGCAAGACACACGUGCCGCCAAGCCGGAAGUGUCCCCGUCCACCUCUGCAGCCACAGGCACAGACCAACAGGAGGACAUGGCCCGACCCCCACAGAGGCCGCCCCCAGUGCCGUUGCCCACCACGCAGACCCUGGCUCUGGCUGGACCGAAGCCAAAGGCUCACCAGUUCAGCAUCAAGUCAUUCUCCAGCCCCACUCAGUGCAGCCACUGCACCUCCCUGAUGGUCGGGCUCAUCCGCCAGGGCUACGCCUGCGAGGUGUGCUCGUUCGUCUGCCAUGCGUCCUGCAAGGACAGCGCUCCCCAGGUGUGCCCCAUCCCUCCCGAGCAGUCCAAGCGGCCCCUCGGAGUGGACGUGCAGAGGGGCAUAGGGACGGCCUACAAAGGUUACGUCAAGGUCCCCAAGCCCACUGGGGUGAAGAAAGGCUGGCAGCGGGCCUACGCGGUGGUCUGCGACUGUAAGCUCUUCCUGUACGACCUGCCCGAAGGGAGAUCCACCCAGCCAGGCGUCGUUGCCAGCCAGGUUCUGGACCUCAGAGACGAAGAGUUCUCCGUGAGCUCCGUCCUGGCCCCCGAUGUCAUCCACGCUACACGCCGAGACAUUCCCUGUAUCUUCAGGGUGACGGCCUCUCUCUUAGGUACACCUUCUAAGACCAGCUCCCUGCUCAUCCUGACAGAAAAUGAGAACGAAAAGAGGAAGUGGGUUGGGAUCCUGGAAGGCCUGCAGGCUAUCCUCCAUAAGAACCGCCUGAGAAACCAGGUGGUGCACAUCCCACAGGAAGCCUACGACAGCUCGCUGCCCCUCAUCAAGGCUGUGCUGGCGGCCGCCAUUGUGGACGGAGACAGGAUUGCCGUCGGCCUGGAAGAGGGACUGUACGUCAUAGAGGUUACCCGAGAUGUGAUCGUCCGGGCCGCCGACUGUAAGAAGGUGUACCAGAUCGAGCUCGCGCCCAGGGAGAAGAUCAUAGUCCUGCGCUGCGGCCGCAACCACCAUGUCCAUCUCUGCCCGUGGGCGUCCUUUGACGGAGCAGAAGGGAACUUUGACAUCAAGCUUCCAGAAACGAAGGGCUGCCAGCUGCUCACGACUGCGACGCUGAAGAAGAGCUCGUCGACCUGCCUGUUUGUGGCCGUGAAGCGGCUGGUCCUUUGCUAUGAGAUCCUGAGAACUAAGCCUUUCCACAGGAAGUUCAAUGAGGUGGUGGCCCCCGGCACUGUGCAGUGGAUGGCCGUGUUCAAGGACAAGCUCUGUGUGGGCUACCCGUCUGGGUUCUCUCUGUUGAGCAUCCAGGGAGAUGGGCAGCCCCUAAACCUGGUAAAUCCCAAUGACCCCUCGCUUACGUUCCUCUCACAACAGCCUUUUGAUGCCCUUUGUGCUGUGGAGCUCCAAAGUGAGGAGUACCUGCUUUGCUUCAGCCACAUGGGACUGUACGUGGACCCUCAAGGCCGGAGGUCACGCAUGCCGGAGCUCAUGUGGCCUGCGGCUCCCGUUGCCUGUAGUUGCAGCCCCUCCCACGUCACAGUGUACAGCGAGUAUGGUGUCGAUGUCUUCGACGUGCGCACCAUGGAGUGGGUGCAGACCAUCGGCCUGCGGAGGAUAAGGCCGCUGAACUCCGAGGGCAGCCUCAACCUCCUGGGCUGCGAGCCCCCGCGCCUCAUCUACUUCAAGAGCAAGUCCUCGGGAGUGCCGCUCAACGUGCCAGACACCUCUGAUAACAGCAAGAAGCAGAUGCUGCGGACCAGGAGCAAGAGGCGGUUCGUUUUCAAGGUUCCAGAGGAGGAGCGGCUGCAGCAGCGGCGAGAGAUGCUCAGAGACCCGGAAUUAAGAUCCAAGAUGAUCUCCAACCCGACCAACUUCAACCAUGUGGCCCACAUGGGCCCGGGCGAUGGGAUGCAGGUGCUCAUGGACCUGCCUCUGAGCGCGGUGCCCGCGUCCCAGGAGGAGAGACCCAGCCCUGCUCCCCCCAGCCUGUCCCGCCAGCCUCCGUCCAAGAACAAGCCCUACGUCUCGUGGCCCUCAUCAGGAUCGGAGCCGGGAGUGACGGUGCCUCUGAGGAGUAUGUCCGAUCCCGACCAGGACUUCGACAAGGAGCCUGAUUCGGAUUCCACCAAACACUCAACUCCAUCAAACAGUUCCAACCCCAGUGGCCCACCAAGCCCCAACUCCCCCCACCGGAGCCAGCUCCCCCUCGAAGGCCUGGAGCAGCCGGCCAGCCAAGCCUGAAUCUGCCAGCCCACCACCAAGGCCAGGGAGCCAGGCAUGGCCUCCAGCGGCAGUGCCAAGACUGAGCUGACCCUUCAGUGUUGUCCAAGGAAAUGUAGAGUCACUUUGUAGAUAUGGAAAUGAAAAUGCUUUAUUAUGAUAAUGAUCAGUUUUAUGCCACGUUGUUCGUGGAGGUAGACCAGGCCCACCCACCUGCACCGCUGUGAGGCGGUACUGCCCAUCCGCACGUGAAGGACCACCACGCAGCCACAGCCUCGCCCCCGGAACAGCCAAGGAGCGCGGGCUCCACCACCAGGCCUUGCCAACACUGGCUCCUCAGCAGAACCCAGCCAGCGUAGGAGCAGAAGCUUGGGAUGGCCUCAGUGACUUUGGUGAAACUGUCUCCUGGGACCUCAGGAGGAGUUGGAAGUUGUAGGUCAUCCCCAGUGGCACUGGAAUUUGGACAGCACGGGAAGGUGGAGAUUGGUGUGCGCCUUACUCGUUCAGCCGUUGCAUAGUCGCCACCGAAGUCCUGCUGACCACCUAGUCGUGGAGAGGCCCAGGCCCUGACACCCUGCCUCCCUGCGAGGGCCAGUCCAUCCUAAGUUAUACCCAGGCGUCACCAGUGACAUCCGUUGUAUUUGCCACUCAGUCCCCUGGUUUCUGCUCCUGCCGUAAAAGCAGCGAGCGCAGGCCAGCCCUGCAGCCCUGUCGGCAAGAGGCCAGAGCCCUAGAGAGCCAGCGGCAGGCUCUGGGACCCCGCCUGCAUGGCCCUGUGACUAGCUGCCUCACCGAUCAUGUGCUCUCCCCACAGCCCUGUACACCGGCCCAGCCCUUGGUGUGGGGACACCCUACGCCCGUGUUUAACCUCGCCCUUCCUGUCCCGUGUCACGUGUCAGGUCUGUUACCCUAUCCCAUUCAAAACUUGUGAUCCUGUGGCAGCAGACACAGCUUGUCCUCAGCUCACGACAGGCUUCCCAGCCCUCCCUGUUGCUGUGCGUGGCGACACUGUUCAGGACCUGCAGUUAGUGGCUCACGCCGCCCAGCACCCGCCCACCCCGCCUGCCCUCCUGGCUCUUCUGCUGGGAAGGCACUUGCUGAGGCUCUGGUUUUUACUUUUUUAAUGUAAGUCUGAGUCUUUGUAAUUACUGAACCGUGAGAACAUUUUUGAAUUACCUGUCAGUAAAGCAGGAGGCGGCAGUUUCA